CUCAUCAGUCAGAAGAACACAGUUGCUGCUACUGCUGCUACUGCUGGGGCAGGAAGUACCGUCGUCUCUCCUGAGAACCUGUGUUACAAAAACUUCACCAUGACCAACAAAACGACUCCUCUCCUCUUCAGGGCAAUGCUGGAGAUGUCUGAAGCUCACUCCGCAAAAGUUGCGCGAGGAAACAGUAAAAGAGCAAAUACAAGACACUUGUGGGGCUCCUGUGGUGCCCUGGCAGCGAGAAGGGCCAGCCUGCCUCUCUUCCCCGCUGUCCCUGUCAGCACACCCAGCCGCAGCUUCAUCAACCUGGCUGCUCCCAUCAGCGCCCGCAGAAUGGAGUACACCGAGUGCCGGACAUUAGGGUAUACUCUAGAGCAGAUGUACAAUGUGGUGGCCAGUGUGGACCAUUACCAGCACUUUGUUCCCUGGUGCAAGAAGUCUCGGGUCAUGAAAGGUCGAAAUGGCAACAUCUGGGCGGACCUUGAAAUAGGUUUCCCCCCCAUCGUGGAGCGCUACACCUCUGAAGUCAUCGUCGUCCCAAACCACCAAGUCAGGGCUCUGUGUACUGAUGGAUCCCUCUUCAGCCAUCUUGAAACCAUAUGGAGGUUUGCCCCUGGAGCCAAAGACCAACCAGCCUCCUGUAAAGUGAACUUCUAUGUGUCAUUUGAGUUCAAGUCUCUCCUGCACUCUCAGCUGGCCAGCGUGUUCUUUGAUGAGGUGGUUAAGCAGAUGGUCAGUGCAUUCGAGUCACGAGCAGCAGUGCUUUACAGGAACCAACAGGAGGCGCCAUUGAGAAGGCGGUCAACAUGAGGCGAUCCCUUUGACCUCCCCCUCCAUCCACAUCCACUAUGGACCCUUCAACCAUAACCAAACCCUGCUCUCAACACUUGUCUUACACAGGAGGCUGGAUCUUCUUUUUGCACUCACUCAUAUUUUGACACAUUGAACAUACUUAAAACUAUUUAUUUAAAAGCCACAAGCUAAUUUAUUUACUUUCUUGUACAUAUGUAUUUACUUUAGGGACAGGAGCGCAUGCAUGGUUUCAAAUGAUUGUGUUUCUUUGUAAAAUUGUGGGAUAAAGUACAGACAAGUGACUCCUGGUCAGUGCUGAAACAUCUAAAAGGGAAAAUGGCUAUUUUCUUGUUCAGCACUUUAGUUGAUGGAAUUAAAAAGCUCUUAUUUUGGAAAAUCUA